ACUCGCUGCCGUCGAAGUUUGGAAGCACAAUAACAAUGUCACUGCUCGCAGGAUCGUCUACUGAUUAUAAUAGACGGCUCCGAAUGAGGAACGUACAGAUCCAAUUGAGAAAACGACAAGCGGAUGUAAUCGAUGGUUUCGAGAACAAAGGUAUCCUAAAUCAGUUCGGUUGUUCGGCACUGAUCGAAGUGGUCUGUACUGAUCCGCGGUUCCCUUGUAUUGGCAUGCACAUUGUCAAUCUUUAUGCUAGGAUGGGCCUUCAUCGUUACUACUUGCUCCAGGGGAAACACUAUCAGUUUCUUCGCGUAGAGAAAUACAAUGUUUCCAAAAAUUUUGGUCCUAACGACUACUACAUCACUUCGGCGGUGAUGGAUCCAGCUAACGGUGCCAUUCAGUUUUUCCAGUCUGAAAUUGAUGAAACAAUUCGUAGCCGUGGCAGAUUAGAUUUAACAUGCUGUGUUGCUGUACUUCGAGGGGAUCCGAAUAUGUUCCCUCCAAAAUCGUUCGAGCACGAUGAUAACUUGCCUGAGCUGCCCACAGAGAAUCCUUUCAGAGAUACAAAUCGGUUUUACUUGGUGAAGAAGUCAGAGCUGGAAGACAAUGCCAAUGACUGGAUUCGUCUAUAUUUGGAACUUGCGGUUGCCAGGAAGUGUAGGAUGUUCAUUAAAGGUGAAGAUCUCUCCAACUUGGAGAUUGUGAAAGUGGCUUUACAAAAAACUAGUAGCCAAGAUCCAAACGAGGGACAUUUCAACGCCAAGAACACAACUGUCUACAUAAGUUACAGGGACACGAGCGAGGCUCGGGUUGGUAAGGAUGUUGAUCGCAUAGCUGUAGUCAGGAGAAGCUUCGAUGAGCAGUCUUCAUGUUUCAGUCUUGUGGGUCACAAUCAGAGCUUAGAAACCAUAAGAGAGGUGUGGUUUGGUAAUGACGUUGAUCGCAUCGCAAUAGCGGGAAGAAGCUUUCAUGAGCAGGAGGCAUGUUUCACGCACGUGAGUCAGAACCAGAGCUCAGAAAUCAUACCAAAAAAGGGUAAGAGUCCCAGUGCGUCUGGCCAGCGUUUAGGUGUCCACAAACCGUGGCUGUUGUCUAUUCCUAAGAUGCGCAAGGCAUACCAAAAUAGUGGCAUUCGCAUGGCUCGUCUUCGGCACAAGUGACAAGACAAGAGCCAUUCGUCGUCUGUACAGGAGGAGUCAUUUGACUAUGUGGAUCAGUUGAUUAAUAAACAUGUUGACGUUAUUGACGACUCUGUUGCAUCCUGCUCCUAUGAACACUCUCUUCGCUUCAACUUUGGUGUUUUCCGCCGGUAAAUCUCGCCGUGAAUUAGUAAUGCUGAAUAAGAUUCAGGGAAUAGUGGAGCAGGAGUAAACAAAGGUUAGAAAAGAUCCAACAUUUAAAUGGACCAACAUGUUUUAUCGAUGUAACUGAAACAGAGAGGAAGUUGACUUAUGUUUCCAAGUCUGAUUCUGCUUUCAAAUUCAGGAAUCAAGACAAAGAGUUGUAGUAGAAACUGGUAAACUAAAAUCCAAAGAAAGCAUUGGCAAGUUCAAGUAUUUUACCAAGAAGUUUGUGUGGCUGAGUUUGAGUUUAGAGUUUAGGGUUCAUGGAUCUCUUUGUUUCUUCACUUGUUCGUGAAUCCAUUACAUGCUAUAAACUAGUGUUGUAAAUGGUAUUGCUCGUAGGAACGUAUAAUGAUUAUAAGUUGUUCCGAAUGCUAAACCGACAAGUUGGUGUAAUCAAUGUAAUUCUUUCUUUCUUUCA